CCGCUCCGGCCUCUGGUACCUGCAGCACCGCGUUCCUCGGGGCUGAGCUGCGGCUCCGGGAGGGUGCGAGCUGCUCCGGGGCGGCUGCCUCUGCCGCUCGGAACUGCCCUCCGUCCAGGUCCGGAACACGAGUGCUUCGAUAACAAACCCUUCUUCCCUUUGGGUUUUCCUUAUCAGAACUGAGAAGCAGCUUUUUACUUCUAACUAAACGCCACUAAGUUCCGCAGUUAAGAAUCUGGAUUUAAGGUCUAUCUUUUCGUAUGUAGUACAGGGUAAGUGUUUCACAGAUUAGUGAUAGUAAAAAGCCUCUUAGGAGAAGCAGCGUAGAUGGAAUGCAAGCGUAGAGGCAGCUGUAAUGAGGCUGAUACACUGUGAGUUCUGCUUCAGGAAUAGAUGUGAGGAUGUGGUGCCAAGGAAACCUGGAAUGCAGGUGCUUACAGUGUGAGGUCUGAAGUGUGAACUCCAGCAGUAGUGUCUGAAGAAUGGGCAAAACUGUUGUGGGAGUAAAAGAUGGUCUUAGUUACAGAGGUGCUUCUAUGUGACCGUGCAAGCAGACUUGCCACUAUUCAGUGCUGUUGAACUGCUGCUUGAAUAAUGCCUGUGGAACACUACUGGCUUGAUGAGUGUUGAUAAACUAAAGGAGUAGUUCUUUGAUUGGGAAUGCCCCUGUAUGUCAGUUGUAACCCAGCAAUCAAAUGAGACCUCCUUGAAGAAGGCUUAAAUGUUCUUUAUAAUUACCAUCUAAAUUCCAAGUUUGUGAAGGAAAGCUGUUUGUUGGCUGAAAGUCUGAAGCUCCCUAUUUCCUGUCCCAGACCACAUAUCUAGUGCAUUUAGGGAGGGGGCUGUUGUUUUCACUCCAGCUUUUAUUCUCAUAUCUAAUUGAGCUGCCUGUUUGUCUAUGUUAAUCCUAUCUUUGGCCAUAGGUGACAAUGAACGUAUCUAGUGUUUUUGUUGGUCUUCCGAAAUACAAGAUAAGUGUAUGUUAUUAGGGAAUAUCUUCAAACAGGAAGGUCCUCUGAGUGAAAACUAGUGCACAUUUAAGUUUUUAAACCAAAUCUCAAGUUAGAGAUGUUUAAGGUACCUUUAGCAUCUGAAAAUUGUCUGAGAAACAUCAGCACGGAAGUACUCCCAGCAGCUGUGCAGUCACGUGAAGCUCUUGUUUAGAUUCAGCUUGGAAUUGGAAUCUCUGGACUUACCAGAGAGGAGAUCUGUGUGAUUAGUUCAUUCUUUACUGUUGGAGAAGCAGCAUCUGUGCUUGAGAGCAUAGUGAAUGAGCGAGACUGUGCAUGCUUAACUUCUGAGACUUCCAGAGAAGCUUAUUCAAGGCACUGGUUCACUUGAGUUACCAAAACAACUGGUGCUACCUUUCUGCUCCUGCCUUCUCAAGUAGUAAUAAAAAAAUAAAGCCACUUGCUUCUUGAAGAAGCUGGGGCACAACAGCAAAACUUGUAUUUCAGGUCCUAAAGCAAUUGUAUGGAGUUAGUAUUAAGCAAUCAGCUAUUUCGUUCUUUCAUGAGAAACUCUGUUUGCUACAGCAGGCUGUUAAGAAGGUCAACGAUCUCUAGUACAGAGCUCUGAGAGCAAAGCAUUAAUGAUACAGUUAAAUACCAUAGUGAAAUUAAGUAACUUGAAGCUGCAUGUAUUUGUUAUUACAGCUUUUCACAUAGGUCACUGUGACGUGUUUGUUCUCUAACUUCAAAUACAGCAAGAGAAGAAAGGGAAUACAAGCUACAGCUUUGCGUACAGGGGAUAUUUUGUGAGCAUAAAGUUCUGUGCUUGGGAAACUGGGAAAACUUUAGCUAUUGCAUCUUCUGGUCAGACAUCGCUGUCAGCAGCAGAUUGCUCUGAUGCCUGACGUUUAUCCCAACAAUAUGGCACUUUAGUUUUAUGUACAUCAAGUUCUUUGGUUCAGGCAGAUUAAAAUUUGAUUCGGUUGUUCGGGUUUUGUAGCAGCUGGACCAUCAGAUUGCUAUCGUUGUUACUUGCCAUGUUAUUUGAAGUAUUUGUAAUCCUAAGAGAUAAGCAAUUAAACUGCAUGUUGCUUGACAGAUUCUUUGCAUUCAUCUCCCCAAGCCUUUCAGUGUUUGCAAGGUUGAUCAACUUCAGAAAACAAACCACAACCAAAAAAUCAGUGCUUCUUAGCUAGACAGUUACCUGUAAAACAGGCUAGCACAAGGUAACUGAAAACAGGGAUAUGACUGUUUGGGUACUUUGUGCUACUGUUCAUAUUACGAAUCUGCCUCUAUAUUUUACUUUAUCAAGGAUCUACUCAGCUAAAUAUGAAACUUCAUUUUAUUUGAAAUUAUCCUCUGUGUCUCAGAUAUAUCAGUUCUAAACUUUAAUAGGAAAGGUCAGUGGCCAGAGGUAUUUUCUUGCUGGAAAGUUAACUGCUCCAAGUAUUUAUUUUUUUCCUCUAAAUGUCAGUAAUGCGCUCUGUUUUGUUUCUAUAUAUUUGUAUCCCAAAUCAGGUUGGUGUUCUGUCGUGGAAGCAUGAUGUUUAGAUGUUAUGCAUACUUGUUUAUCCUCUUCCCCUGCAUGGCACUGCCUUAAAUGUCAGAAGUUAUUAACAUGCAUCUUAAUUUAGAUGCUCUGAAAUAUGUACUACUUUUAAAGGUAUUCUAAUAAACUUACUACAGAUUGAAGUAGUUCUAAAAUGUUAAGCUCAAGCUUAGGGAGUUUUCUGUAAUUCAAAGCCUUCUUCAGGAAGGGGUGCACUGCAUUGUUGUUCUGUUAUUUUAUUCUAAGUCAAAAGAGGAGAUGUUACCAUCGGUCAGUCUCUGUGGGAGCAGGUAGCGGUAGGAAUUGAGGUCUUUGUUCAUUUUGGAUGAAUAUGCUGCAGUUGCAGAACUCUAAUCUUCUCUCUGUUAUUGCUGCUAGAAACUCAAGAUGAAAAUGGCAAAACCCAACGAGCUGACAGUCUUAUUAUGAAGAAGAUAAAGAAAAAAAAGAAAAAGAAACAUCGGGAAGAUGUGAGGGGCAAACGUCUGAAGAUGUACAACAAAGAAGUGCAGACAGUGUGUGCUGGACUCACCCGCAUCGACAAAGAGACUUUGUCUCAAGGACAGUGUGAUAACUUAGAAAUGAACAAGGAAUCCUUCAGGUAUCUUAAGGAUGAGCAGCUCUGCAGACUGAAUUUGGGCAUGCAGGAGUACCGAGUACCCCAGGGAGUACAGACACCGUUUGUGACACACCAGGAGCAUUCUGUUCGCAGCAGCUUCUUGAAAACUGGCACUAAAUUUAGUAACUUCAUUCACGAAGAACAUCAGUCUAAUGGUGGUGCCCUAGUCCUUCAUGCCUACAUGGAUGAACUCUCAUUUUUGUCUCCAGUGGAGAUGGAGAGAUUUGCAGAAGAGUUUCUUGCUUUGUCAUUCAGUGAAAACGAUAAAAACGCAGCGUACUAUGCUUUGGCCAUAGUACAUGGAGCAGCUGCUUAUUUACCAGACUUCCUGGAUUACUUUGCUUUUAAUUUCCCUAACACUCCAGUGAAAAUGGAAAUUCUGGGCAAGAAGGACAUUGAAACAACAACAAUUUCAAACUUUCACUCUCAGGUCAAUCGAACAUACUGCUGUGGAACAUACAGGGCAGGACCGAUGCGGCAGAUCAGUCUUGUUGGAGCAGUAGAUGAAGAGGUCGGGGACUAUUUCCCGGAAUUCCUGGAUAUGUUGGAAGAAUCUCCAUUUCUGAGAAUGACUUUGCCCUGGGGUACUCUUUCAAGUCUCAGACUUCAGUGCAGGUCACAAAGUGAUGAUGGUCCCAUAAUGUGGGUGAGACCAGGAGAGCAGAUGAUCCCGACAGCUGAUAUGCCAAAAUCACCAUUCAAACGGCGCCGGUCAAUGAAUGAAAUAAAGAAUCUCCAGUACCUACCUCGGACCAGCGAGCCCCGUGAGGUUCUGUUUGAAGACAGAACAAGGGCUCACGCUGAUCAUGUGGGUCAAGGAUUUGACUGGCAGAGCACAGCUGCUGUAGGUGUUCUGAAGGCUGUGCAGUUUGGGGAAUGGAGCGACCAGCCUCGUAUAACCAAAGAUGUGGUUUGUUUCCAUGCUGAAGAUUUCACUGAUGUUGUGCAGAGACUUCAGCUGGACCUGCAUGAACCACCGGUGUCACAGUGUGUUCAAUGGGUGGAUGAAGCCAAACUAAACCAAAUGAGACGGGAAGGCAUUCGCUAUGCUAGAAUUCAGUUGUGUGACAAUGACAUCUACUUCAUCCCUAGAAAUGUCAUUCAUCAGUUCAAAACAGUGUCAGCAGUCUGCAGCUUAGCCUGGCACAUAAGACUUAAACAAUAUCACCCCGUGGGGGAGACUUCUCAAAACACAGAAAGCGAUUCAAACUCGAACAGUAGCAUUCCUGGAAAGACAGAGUCAAAAGGUGAACCCCGAUGUGUGAGUGUAAAAACAGAGCGUGAAGAACCAGGUAUAGAAAUGCAGCUUACCACAGGGAUGCUCUCCUCCUCUGUUUCUUCGAUAUCAGGACUUGUACAACCAGAUCAGGUGGCCCAGCCCCUUCCAGGUUUUAAAAUAGAGUCUGAUCAGCAACACAAUCCGCAGGAUCAUGCAGGCUCUUCUGUGUGAUAUGUAUAUAAUCAAAACAUUUUUUAACAACUUUUUAAAAUUUUGAUGUGAAGUUAUAGUUUUAUAACUGGCUUAUGUUUUAUUGGAGAAAUCUUGCCUAUAAUUCUAUAAAGAAAGGUGACAUUCCAAAAAUGUCAAGCAUAUCUUUUUUACACAGAUUAUGCAAAAUUCAAGUUGUAUUUUAACCCCUUAGUACAACCUGUAACAGUGGUCUACCACUUCUUUCUGUUUAAGUAAUGAGAUAUUGAAUAUCUCCUCAAAACCAGAGUGAAAUUCCUCCAGGAACAUAGAAUGAUUUCACUAUACUGCUCGGUGUUAUUUCCCUAUUUUCACUCUCUACUCUUCACCAGGAAGUGAUGCUUUUGUAGAAGACUCGCGUAGUAACUUUCCCCGUCACAUUUUAAUUGCUUAAAAAAAAAAAAAAGAGAAAGCACAGCACUUUUGUGGUCGAUUUGUGAAAUACUUGGUGUGUCUGUUGUUGACGCGGUUUACAUGCAAGUUGGUUUAGAAACGAGCUAUAGAAAUUGGUCUGUACUUCUUACAGAUCCGACAAAGGUGAUCUGUAAAAACGAACUGAAGGAAGUGUAUGAUCCUGUUGAAAUGCAAUGGCUCACUGACCUAACGCUUCUCAUAGCACUGCUUGUACUAUUUGGCGUGAGGGUUUUGCUUCCAAAAGACAUCUCCUCUGGACGUGAUUGAUACUAGUGUCAAAGGCAGAGAAUCUGUUGGUAGGCUUGUGGAGGAACUUGCUAUCUUUGAGCACUUUAAGGCUUUCAAAUGCUAACCAACUUGGCAGCUUGUUUUGAUCGGGUCAUAAUAUAUGUCCAAUGGAACCACACUUUCCCUUGUACUGAUGCACUUAAUAUAAUAGCGUUGAGUUGGUGACUGACUUAUACAAUAAGAAUGUCCGUUUUCUAGGAAGUUCUGUAUUACUGUUUCACAAUAAAAAGUAUUAUGGCAUCGGA